CUGGGAGGAGACGUUCUGUGGAGGGGGAGGCCGGGGGCAGGGAGCCAAGGGGGUGCAGAGCCGGGCACUCGGGGUCCACAGGCCAGGCGGUGGCCAGGAUGGGGCCUUGGUGCGCACCGUGGCUGCUGCUCACACUGCCGGACGUCCUGUGGGGCCAGACCCAGAGCUCCCAGCCAGUGCAGCCCGGGAUGCAGAGCUUCCAAGGAGACCAGUUCCAGGGGGAGUGGUUCGUCCUCGGGCUGGCGAGCAACACCUUCAGGAAGGAGCACAGGGCGCUGCUGGUCCCCUUCACCACGACUUUCGAGCUGACUGCCCGGGGCCACUUUACGGUGUCGAACGCCAUGACCCGGGGCCCGCGCUGCGACACUUGGUCUUAUGUGAUGAUACCGGAGGCCCAGCCGGGGCAGUUCGUGGUGGACCACAGAAGGGGACCAGGGUCCGACAGAGAGGAGAUCCGGGUGGUGGACAGUGACUACACCAGCUUCGCCCUUCUGCUGUCCCGCAGGCCCGCGGGCAGCCUGACGGUCGUCAGAGUCAGCCUGCUGUGCAGGAACUGGAUGCUGCCACCCGGGACCAUCGACAAGUUCAUCUGCCUGGGCCGGACCCAGGGCUUCUCGGAGAACAACAUCGCCUUCCCAGACCUGGCCGAGUGGCUGCCCGAGGGGGGCAUGUGUUGACGGGCAGAGUGGCCCCGCCCUGGCCGCCGGCCUUGCAGCCUGGAACCCCACUGGCAGGAGAAUAAACACUGGUCAUGGAGUCCA